AAACAUGGACAAGUGAAACAUGAGAAUUGAAAAAUGAAUCUCAUUCUCAAUUUUUCGAUAUAUUCGCUAUCUUAAUAUAAUCUGCUGGCAUAACAGUGCAUAUAAUGUAUCUUCUGGGAAUAAGAUAAGAAAUUUUGAGGUGGCUCAAAGCAUUACGCGACAUGCAAUCGGCAGCAGAUGUUCUCUCUAGAAUAUUCCAGGGCAAAUCUUGUACUGAGUCAAAAUGAUUUUUGACAGCUUUUACUUUGCGGCUGCGCCAACGCAGGGAGAGGUGAAGGUGUAAAAUUGAAUGGAAUACUCAAGUGUGGAAGAGCUCGUUGGCUAAAUGCCAUAGCAUGGGCAAGGAGUGUGAUUUCUUGGAAGCAGCGCGUCAGGGCAAUGUGUUAGCGGUAGAGAAAUACUUGUUUCAGCGUCGCGGUGGUCCUUUGGCAAGCUUAAGGCGUCUUCCCACAUCUAAUGUACAAGACAGUAACGGCUACUCAGCUCUCCAUUACGCUUCGCUCAAUGGUCACACGGACGUGGUGCGCGUGCUUUUGAUCGGCGAUGCAAAUCCCAACAUUCAAGAUAACCGCGGUUCGGGACCGCUACAUCUGGCCGCUUGGGCGGGUCAUCACGGCAUUGUUAAGUUACUGCUAGGUCACAAUGCUCGACCUGCAGAUGCGAAUCUCCUUACAACUGACCUGGAUUCUCCACUUCACUGUGCAGCUCAGCACGGCCAUACAGGAGCGUUGACUACCUUGUUAGCAUACGGCGCCGAUCCAACAUGUACAAAUGCCCGCGGUGAAACAGCGUUUGAUUUAGCAGCACAAUACGGCCGUCUUCAAGCUGUACAGAUGCUCAUUCGGACACAUCCAAAUCUCCUGGCGCCUUAUCAGAGCGCUGAACGACACAAUCAAACACCACUUCAUCUAGCAGCGCGAAAUGGACAUACACGGGUAGUUGAAAUGCUUUUAGCUGCUGGUAUGGACGUCAACGUGGUUACGGCAGCCGGUUCACCUCUCCAUGAAGCAGCACUUUGUGGGAAGGAUGCAGUAGUAAGGCUUCUACUAACCUCAGGCGCCGAUCUCAAAGUCACAGACACCAGCGGUCGUACACCUGUGGAUUUGCUGGAACAAUUUCCCCCGCAUGUCACUCGUCGCAUUGUGAAUGUGAUCAACAACUUCCAACGCCCUCGCUCCACUUCACCAUGCUCUCCCGCCAAACCACCAGCCGCUCCACCGAAGCCACCACGUCGAAAUCUCAGUGUAUCACCAACAAAUCUGGCGUCUAAGAGCGCAGGACUUAACGGGGUAACGCUACGUGAGUAUGACAGCAACCGAAAGUUGAAGCGCUGGCGCCAUAGCCACUUCAUCGAGCACUGCAUUCAAGCAGCGUGCUGUCCUCUAAGUCCCACCAAUUAUUUACAACCGCCGACACCAGAACAUGCGCCACCCAGCGUCUUAGCCGCUGAGACAGCCAUACAUUUACAUAUGCGCCCACUUAGCGUGGCAUUUAGUGAUCAAGCCACUUCACCUGAGACUAACUACAGUGCUUCCUCGAGCAGUGAUAGCGACAGCGAAGCCAGCGACACACUCUUCCGUGGCAUAAUACUGCAUCAGCGAACCAGACGGCCAGAUGAGCGCUCACGCACAUACAUUACGCACCAGCGUUUUGACGUUAUCGAUAGAGGCCGCCUUGGGGUUUUGGCACCCACUGUACAAAAAAACAUGUCCGCUCCUGAAGAAAUAAGAUCCGUGGACGUAGCUUGCCUAUUGGAGAAGAAAGAAUGGCGCGCGCUGUCCAAGUGUAUUGAGUUGUUGAGUUAUGAGCACGUAGCAAACUCAGAAAAGACGUCAGAGUGGGAAAAGCUGUUAAACAGUGUAAACCUUGGUCAACACUAUAACUUUCUAGUCGAACGCGGUUUUGAUAGUACCAUAUUUCUCGCUGCGACAGUGCAUCGAGAUGAUGUAGCCGGCUUCUUAGACACCGAAUAUGCUGCCCUCAUAUCACUGUCUAUGGACACUCCAUUGUUAGACAUUCCUUUUAAUUUGUGUGCUUGGUUAGAGAGUAUACACUUGGAACGAUAUGCUUCCAUAUUUGAGCGUCAUCUAAUGACCACAUGGGACCGAGUGAGUAAUAUCUGGGAGAGCGAAUUACAGGCAGUUCUGGAAAUCGAAAAAGUCGGCCAUCGUCGACGUAUAUUACACUCAAUUACGCGCCUGAAAAGUUUAUUAGAACAGCCACCUGAGAUUUGCAAUACCGGGAAGUGGCGCCAAACUUUAAGUGGCUCUAUAACGUAUCGAGCUAUUUACCUAGGUACUAUGCCAAUUGACGUAACACCAUCUGCAGUAACCACACGACAGACAAUCGCCACUCUAAAGCAAGCGCCACGGCGUGCCAUUUGCUUAACUAUCAGCCACCGAGGUAUUGAGCGUCAUGAUGACCCGCCAGAUGGGGAUGCUGUUGACCAUACUAUGCGUAAUAUAGCGUUUGCGUGCCAGGAUUCCGAUGACUAUUGUUAUUUCGCUUAUAUCACACGAGAAGGACGCCACCUGUGUCAUGUAUUCAGCGCUCAAUCUAUGGAUGACGCCACGGAAAUCAUCCUAACGAUUGGCCAAUGUUUCGAGGUAGCGUAUCAAAUGGCGUUGUGUGACGGCGAAUGAAUCACUGCCAUAACUUACAUGAUCGUACAUAAUUUAAGCUGUUUCUAUUACUUAAAAUAUUCUAUCAAUAAUGUAAAAGUUCUACAGAGAAAAAAAAUGUUUUAUUAAAAACCACUAAAAUUGAGGUUGUUGCUAUAAUGACACUAUCGAUAGGAUGUCUAUAUUGUUGGACGAAAAGAAAUUAGAAAAAUAUGUAACAACAGUUGUACUUUUAAAAAUGUAAUAAUAUAAAAUCACCUUAUUAAAAUA